CUGCAAUUACAGGAAUUUCUGAGAAACUUCCUGUAAUUGCACAAGUCCAUGCAGAUAGAAUCGAAGCGCAUGCAUUUAGACACAGACACACUUUUGUUCACUGCUUAUUGAGAGCCGACCAGAGGAAAACAGUAUCUUAUGUUCCUUUAAACUGUGAUGGAAAAUCAUUAACUCCUUAGAGAAAAGUAAUUAGACGGCAGAGGCACAAUGGUGAACACCGACGGUUUCUCUUUCCUAUGGGUAGAAGCAACAAAACAAAGACAGUUAAAAUGGUAUUUUCCUCUAAACGAUGAUCAAAACUUUGAUUUUAUUCUUUGCCUGCUUGUAGGUAUAUGCUAUAUAGAACCUAUUGUAGAUUUUUUUUUUUUUGAUAGCUUGUUUUGACACAAAUACAAUUCAGAACAUUCAGAUUCUGCCAUGUUAGGAAGAACUUCAGUGUCCUUUUAAUAGGAUUCCAAAUGAUGUACCAACACAAAUGAAGUGAAAGAAAAUUAAAAGCUUCAUGAUGUUCCAAAUUUUUCAAUAAAAAUUCAAAUAAUGUGUCRCUUGUUUGCAUUCAGCCAUCUUAUCAGAUGGUGAACGUGGUCCACCUUUGUCUCACAUAGUCUAAAUACAAACAUAUCUGUACUGUAAAAAGCUUCAGGAGCUUGCUUCUUAAAACUAGCGAACAAACAGCAUCAAGUAGACCAAAGUACGCAUCGGGCAAGUCGGGGAUAAAGUUGUGAAGAAGGUCAAAGCUGGGUUAGGUAACACAAUAUCUCAGGCUUUGAACUUCUUGUGGAACACUUCAAUCCAUCAUCCGAAAAUAGAAAGGGUUGGGCACAACUGCAGACCUACCAAUAACCAUCCAGUCCAACAUGUAGCAAGGAGAACAUUAAUCAAAGAAGCAGCUGGGCCUGUGCUCUGGGGGAGCUGCAGAUGGCUUCGAUGGGAAGAUGGCCGGAGCUAAAUUCAGAGCUAAAAUGGCACGAAAACACGCUUAUUGAUAUAAGUUUAUUCCUAUACAUAUAAAUUGGAAAAUGUAUAUUUAUGGGCACUUUCCWGCCAAUCUUAUUUUUCUGAGUUACUUUGCUGAUAUAACCCCAGAAGACUUGCAGCAGGUCCUUUGGGGACGUUUUUCACCUUUAAUAKACUUUUGCAGAAUCAACYUWUGCUGCUCUAACUGCGUGAAAGGGUGAUUCUGCAAAGUCAGGGGCCGGAGAGAAAUGUGUGCCAACCCUUGAACGAUUUUUAUUGAUGAACUGAGGGAUACUUUUCAUAACUAUGAACUACUUUCUAUCACAUACAAUCCCAACAUGUAAGCGUGUGACUACUUGACAUUGUGGAAGAACUUUACGGCGYAUGAAUUCUUUUGCAAAGUCCUGCACGUAUAAUGCGUCACCACACGAGUCCAUUAGCGCCUGUGACUUUAAAGAUUAGACACAUACAGGUGCAACAACCUGAGGAAGUAAAAGAAUACAGAAUAAAGUUCAACUACUUCUGAGACGAACAUURCAGAGGCAUGUCUGUGACGACUGGAUGUCGGCGUGUGAGUCCUCAURCAAUUUUUKUUGUUGUUGCUCUUUUCUUGUGAGCAUCACAGAUAUKACGGCGCAGAAACCACGUGUUUUACGUAAUGGAAAGCCAAUCUUUCAAUUCAACUCCUCCUCUCCGCCUCUUCCCAACAGAGGUAAUUCAUGCGAACGUCUCCUUCCCUUGCGCGCCGCACUUUUCGGAGAUGUCAGCAGCGUGGCGAUGAAAAGACUUGGAGCAAAUUAACCCACAGAGGGGAAGAGACGCGAACRCACUCCGGGAAAUGCACGGACACACCACCAAGAGCCCGAACCUGGCUUCCGCGGAACCGCUGCGGCGUGGGACCUCAUCUGUGAGAAAUUAAAACUGGGGCUCGCUGUGCUCGCUACAUGUCCUCUCCAAAGAAUACGCCUCGUACGAGACGCGAACUGGGCUCGGUCCCGCCAGCUAUGAGGCGUUCCGCCGGGGCUGUCGUUGCAGCAGUGUGUGCAUAGGAUGCAUCCUCCCCUGGCKUUUUGAUGCUGUGCAGAUCCACCCUCCUCUCUCCUCAGAGUGAUGAACUAACAGGCAAUGAUUUUCUCCUCGGAAAUCAGCCGUGGUUUCACGUCUUCACGUUAGUUGUGUUUGUUUACGGACGACCCGUCUCCUCCAGGUUGCGACACAUGCAAUUUAUAGAGUAUUUUUUCUAUUGUAGACUAGUUGAGGGAGCAUCCUCCACACACGGCAGAGGGGAGAAGAAAACACACCAUUAUUCCGAAGUCUUGACAGACACUGACUGCUUUUGAAUGAAAGCGCACGGGACUUGGAUCUAUAGCCCACUUGUUUCUUCCCUUCUAUGUUCCAACUGGUAGCCUUGUUCGGGGGAACUGAUCCAAUUGUGUUAUUAUGCAACCGCAAGGAUCUCAUCUAUAUCUGGGUGUUUAAGCCACGGGAUUGCUCUUCGCCCAAAUCAAUGUGGUUUCUUUGGAACAUUUUCAGMAAAGGAACGCAUAUGCUGCAGUGUCUUUGUGGCAAGAGUCUUAAGAAAAACAAGAAUCCAAGUGAUCCCCAGCUCAAGGGUAUAGUGACCAGGUUAUAUUGCAGGCAGGGAUACUACUUGCAAAUGAACCCAGAUGGCUCUCUUGAUGGGACCAAGGAUGACAGCAGUAAUUCCACAUUGUUUAACCUCAUUCCUGUGGGCCUCCGAGUUGUCGCCAUUCAGUCAGUGAAGACAGGGUUAUACAUCGCCAUGAACGGGGAGGGCCAUCUCUACACAUCAGAACUAUUUACAGCGGAAUGCAAGUUCAAAGAGUCAGUGUUCGAGAACUACUACGUGAUCUACUCGUCCAUGCUGUACAGACAGCAGGAGUCAGGGAGAGCAUGGUUCCUGGGGCUCAACAAGGAGGGCCAAGCCAUGAAGGGGAACCGAGUGAAAAAAACCAAACCAGCUGCUCACUUCCUGCCCAAGCCAUUAGAAGUCGCCAUGUACAGAGAGCCAUCGCUGCACGACGUCGGAGAGACGGUGCCCAAGGCGGCUGUGCCUCCCAGUAAAAGCACAAGCGAGCCGGUGGUGAUGAACGGAGGCAAACCUGUCAGCAAGCCCGACAAACCAGCCACAUAGCCACACCUGACCAGUGCCUGGUGGGAGUGCAUGUGCGGGAGAGGAGGAAUGUAAACGGAGGCAAGGUUCUUUUUUGUGUUUUUCUCCAGCUAGUCUCCAAACCCUGUUUUUUUUUUUUUUUCUGCGGAUAACAUCCAGCCAAGACUCCCUUUUCUUAUUCACUUGCUCCACCUCCUCCUCCUACUUCCUUUCUCUGGCUAUGUCAGCACAGACUGAUUCUGCUAUGGCUCGGCCUGUCCAGCACAGGAGGGAAGAAGACCUCUGAUCCUGUAAUGCCUUUAGAUCCCUUUGAAAUUGCGAGAAUUGAACUGAAUGGCACGUGGCUCACACUGACGCUUGAUGCCGGCUUCGUCGGAAGGACCUCCUUCUCUAUAAUGCCCUGUCAGAGCGGCGGCCGUGUACCUUCAGAUGUAUUUUCUAUAUCACAGUUCACCAGCCUUGUUCUGGGAUAGAGACUGUAUAGACAGAGUAAAUAUUUGGACCGUUGUCCUAUAUUUUUUACAAGUACGUUCCCCUUUCCUUCUCUUUCUAAUGCUGGUCAACAUACAGUUAGUUUUUGUCAAAAGGGAAACUACAAAACUUUUUGCAAGAGGAGUUGUAUGAUUUUUUUCUAAGCAACACAACAAACUUUAAAGCAUACCAGUAUGCACUUGAAAGAGCCCAAAUAAACUUUUUUUUUUGUUUUGCUUUGUCUACGACAUGCGUACACCUAAAAAAAAAGAAGCAGUCAAAGAAAGUUUGUGCAGCUUCUCCGCGGCUCAUAAAAACACACUGGAGGCUGGCAGACGGCUCCCGUAAUCAUAGUUGAUGAAGUGCUAAUUACCGCCGCUGCAAUCAAUGCGAGGAGCUCCCUGUACACGCACAAACGCACACAUGCAAAUGCACACAUACAUACACACACACAUACUCACUCACACAAAGAACACAAAUAUUUCUAAACAGAUGUGCGUGUGGGUGGGUGGGUAGGAGAGCGCUGUAAGGAAUGGUGUAUACAUAUCACUAUCUGUGUCCCACCAGCGGUUCAGUCCGCCUCCUCCGGUGAACGAAGGAAAAAGGGAAAGGAAGAAAAUAAAUAAAUAAAUAAAUAAAUAAAACCUGAAGUCUAUUUUUCCUUAAUCUUGUUUCAGAGCGUGGGCUCUAGGAAAUAUCUCUAGGCCUUGUAGGCCUCAGUUUCUCACUCACCGACUUCUUUGGACACUGAAAAGCAAGGCUUUGUGGCUUUGACCCAGAUGGUCUAUAACUGCAGCAAAUGGCGGCCGUGUUAUGGCGGCAUCUACUUAAAGCAGAGAAAACAAACAUGGCUGACAACCGAUAGGUCUUAUUUAUACGUGCUGCGUCCCUAUUUGGUUCAGCGAUCUAAAGCAUGGACAAGGUCACUACUGUUCCCACUUUGCAGCAGUUGAAAACUUAGGGAGAAAUGACUUUUAAAAAUCAUAACUUUUUAAAUGACUAGAUGAUAUAUUAUUAUUAUUAAGAUUAUUAUAAAAAGGAUUUGUCUCCUAGCUCAGCAUGCAGAGUCCAGUACUGAUCAUCUUGGCCUAUCACGUGCCUGUUUGGACCUUGAUUCCCGGCAUGCAAAAACAAGAUCCCAGUCCCCACUGGGCCAAAGGUGCCUCACUCACCCAAUAGAUCCACAUGUAGGGCGCGUAGCAUUAUCCAUCGAGAAACCGACACUCAGAUGUGUUCAUUCUGAAACAACCAAAGUCCUUUGAUUUUUUUUCAUCCCAAGAAGAACUUAAUCUUAAUAAAUACAAAAAAAAGAGGGGGAAAAAAAGCAAAAUUCAAAUCUGACUCGUUCUCAGAUUUAAUCCAUCAAAGCUUUCACUGUGACAGCAUUUGUUAUUUGUUGGAAAGAAUCAACUCCUCUUGACCCGCAGCGGUCUUGACUGAUGUCAGUUUUUUUUGUGAGGGAAGUACGUAUAACCUGAAUUACUCAUGUGCAUGUGUUUUCUACCGGAAGCAAGGGACGGGGGGCGUUGUUCUUCACUCCGAAUGAGCGUGUUGGGGGUGGGGGACGCGCCGAGAGGGGCUUGGACGGGCAUGUUGCAGGUAACAUGAAGGUGAUCCACUGCACUUUGUUUUGCAUUGUCAUCACGACUGUUAGUGGGUUUGUUCGACAGAUUCCUUAAGUCUUGCGUUAAUCAUCUUUGUUUUGUUAGAUGCGAUUUAUAAUAUAGGAAGUAGAUUGUUGUUUUUGCUGUGUGCUGCUAAAAGUGCAACCAUAUUACAAAAACUGUCAUGGUAAACAUAUUUUUCUGUUUUUAUUUUAGUUAUACAUGUUCAGUUUGUGAUUAUUAUUAUUAUUAUUACUAUAGCUCAUCAUAUGUCAUUGAGACACACUUAUGUAUUUGUAAAAAAAAAAAAAAAAAGAAACAACAAAAAAAAGCAGUUCAUGCGAUGACAAAAUCGGUGUGCUGGACACGCACACACACACGCACACACACCUCCACACCCAGAGGCUGCGAAUGGCUGAAGUUGUAUGCAGGGUGAUGUUUUUGCCCUUGUUGCAGCUCGUCAUCCUCUACUUCUACAGACUCUACAUGCUGGGCUGGUUACAUGCUCUGGCCAUGCAGUCCAGAUAACUGGUUCUUUCAAGGCUGAAAUUAUUUUUGUAAAGGACUGGUGUGUAAAUGUACAUCUGUUAAAAUCUCUGUUGUUUUUUUGAUUGUUUGUUUGUUUCUCAUCUCUCUCGUGUACGGAUUGUGUGUGCUGCUACUUCCAGAUCCCAACUGGUUUUGCUUUGUUUUCCUUGUAAUCAAGUUGUUCUUGUUUUUGUUUGUUUGUUUUUUGGAUUGAGGAAUAUUCUUGAAAAGUCAAUAUACAAUUGCAAUCAGAAAUAUUCAACCCCUAAAAGAAACUGCACUGAUGUGUGGUUGGGAGAUAAUAUAAUAACAAAUAAAUAUUUAUUGGAACAUGUUUGAGUGGUGUUGACAGUAGAAGUCAUAAGCUGACCCGUUUCCACAUCGGGUCAGCUUAACCAAAAUGAAGCUGACAUUGUUCAGCUUCAUUUUGGUUUCAUUAGUCCAUAAAAAUUUCCCAAGGUUUUAUCUAAAUUCCAACCAGCAUAUUCUAAACUUUCAACGUUCCCUGUUGUCAAGAGUGGAGACCAUCAUGAAGUCCAGGCAUGAAGCCCUUUGUCUGUUCAGUUCCUUUGCGCCAGCCUUCAACACGUCACCCUGUGGGUGUCAGGAAGUCACACAGUUGCUUUUAGGGUCCUUGUUGGGCUUCCUACCACAGAAAGACAGGUCUGCAGCUGUUCCAUAUGUUUUAAACCUCUUUAUAAUGCUCCCGAUGGUGUCUCUCGAAAUGUUUCUUUAAAAAAAAAAGAAAACUGUUUUAUAUCUAAGACCCCUCAGGUGUGAUGAAACAAUCACCCCUUCUCUGCUGUUAUAAAAGCUUCUUCGUCUCCUUUGCAAUCAUGUCCCAGAUUUGCAACUUGCCUUCGUGGACGUAAGCAUUGUUGCCGAAGCUAACAGGGAAUCACGAUGAAGCUCUUAAUUACGGCCUUGAUGGUGUUUCCACUUUAUUGCGCAGUCUGAGCUUCUACGACCCAAACAGCAACUUCUGCAAGGAGAUGCGUAAUUGUGAGACUUGCCUUCAAAGCAUUGAAAAAAGUUGAAUUCUCCUCUCUGACAAAACUCAAUUCGAAUUUCUAAAGUCUUCGUGGGGUUUGAAUAAAUCUCACCGCAACUGUAACGUUUUUCUUUUGGUUUUUUUUGCUUGAUUUAGUAACCUUUUUGUUUUGCAUAACGCUCCAUCUGUUGCAUGGGGAGAGAGGACGGCAUUGAUGAACUGCAUGUAGUAGGCUAUGUCUAUCAAGAACUGUUGGUAUGUGCCGCAGAUUUUACAUAAUAUAUGCAAUGAGUUUGUCUACACUAUAGUUUGUGUUUGUUGUAUACACAUAUACAACAUGCUGAAUAAAAUAUUUAUAUAAAUGCCUACUGUAAUGUCAGUAACUUAAUACCUAAUGCAAUAUAGUGUGCAGUAUAUUAUUGCACUUGUCAUUUUUGAGAGUACAAAGAAAACAGAAAGGGUUGGCUCGUUUAAGCAUGACAAAAAAAAAAGGCC